UGGGCUCCUCCUGACCAUGGUCAUCACAGGAUCUCAGGGUUGUUUAAAAUGUAGCAAAGAAGCCAUGGCACUUCAAGAAGAGUUCAAAAACAGCUACCUGGAAAACAAACUCCGAGGAGACCCUGAUCUCAAAACAAAAUUGAAGCAGCUCCUGGACAAUACCCUGGAAAGGUUAUGGCAACAACCCAUACAUCCACAAAAAUAUAUGGGUAUUAUUGAUGAAAUAACACUAAAAAAACUCACUGUAUACUUCAAACGCUCCCUGAAUCAGAUCAAGGAAAAUAACUUUGAAGGUGAGCAGCUUUUCAAUGAAGUGAUGUGGAGCCUUCAGAAACUGAUGACUUAUUUUGAAGAGGUCAUGCCACAAGUUGCAAAACUCUACUGCAGCAAUGAAUGUGGUAAGAUGUUUUAUACGUUUAUCAGUUGCGGCUCAUGUGCUACAAAUCAGCAGUCCUGUAGCAAGAACUUAAAGUGUGGAGAAAGGAAAGUUCAAGUGGAAAUGGAUGAAGAUUUGAUUUUGGAUUGUGCUCUGAAAUGGCAUAAGGCAAGCCAUGGAGUGAAGACGUACAGGUUCUACAGGAUGGUGGGUAACAAGGAGAAGCUGAUGGCCAGUGGGGCAGAUUCCUUUCUGACCAAGAAAGAAGCCAAUAUGAAUGAUGCAGGCACAUAUCGAUGUAAAAUGGUAGACACAAAUGGCGGUACGUCCAGCGAGCUUGACUUUCAAGUUGUGGUGCUACCUCCAAAAGAGAAGACCACCUGGUUUACCCACCCACCACCGCUGGUUUCACGGCCAUCAACACUGUCUCCACCACCAUCUUCAUUAUUGUCACCGCCACUUGUGACAGUGAAAAAUCCACUCACCCUAGGGAUUUCUUCCAGGGCUCCACCCCCUGAAGCUGAUUGGACAGCUUGGAAAGUGAGCGGGAUUACAGGAGUUUAUGUUAUUAUCGUCAUAUGGCUAAGGAGGAGGAAGAGGAUGAUGAUGACGAUGAUGAUGACGAGAGUGACAGUGAGAGUGACAGUGAAUCAGAGAGUUAGUGGAAAAUGUGAAAUGUCCCCUGCCUCUUUGAAAUUACUUGCAACCAGCACCCUCCUUAUCUUGAUUUUCCAUACUUUUAUUUUUAUUUGUUUAUCUGGAUUUCAUAAAUAUAGUGUAUUUACUUUACUAAAGAUUAGGAUGUUAAGGAAAUUUUCACCAGAUUCUAGUGAAGAGGAUUUGCAGUUUUCAUCAAAAUCAGUUUCUUCUAUUCCAGGAUUGACCAUAGUAAAAUCUUUUCAUGUAUUUGUAAAAAUAAAGUUCUGGGGGGGAAAAGUGUGUUUCUGAUUGAUUGGUGAUUUACAUGUCACCAAAUUCAAGCCAAUUCUUAGCAACUUCAUCAAUAGAUCUCCUUCAGAUGACCUGUCCCUAAUCCUGGUCCUUUUCAGAGCAUUUCCAUGAAUGCAAAAAUGAUUCAAAGCAGGGAUUUUCAAACCUAACAACUUUAAAUU